CAGUCUACAUUGACAGCGAACCAGGAUCAGGUAGGAGGAUGAGUAGGACUCUGCUGUGGAUGCUGGCCUCUCUGGCCUUUGCUUCUCUCACUUCCCUGACUGAUGGAGCUCCACUGCAGGUGAUGUCUGCCCCCAACUUGUUGCGGGUAGGAACAGCAGAAAACAUCUUUGUGGAGUGUCAAGACUGCACAGGAGCAGACAUUAGGGUUGAAAUCCUUGUGAUGAACCAUCCAACCAAAACCAAAAAGCUGUCAUCCACAUCUGUGACCCUCACCAGCGCAAAUAACUUCCAAGACCUCGGACAAAUAAAGAUCCCUGCUGGUGACUUCAGUAAGGAUCCCAACAUGAAGCAGUAUGUGUACCUACAAGCUCAGUUCCCUGACCGACUGCUGGAGAAAGUCGUCUUGGUGUCCUUCCAGUCCGGGUACAUAUUCAUCCAGACUGACAAGACCCUCUACACCCCCAACAGCAAAGUUCAUUACAGGAUGUUUGCAGUGACCCCCCGUAUGGAGCCCGUAGAGAGAGACGACGCAACCCAAACUGAUGCUUCAAUUGCCAUUGAGAUUGUGACCCCUGAAGGCAUAAUUAUGCCACUUGAUCCAGUCUCUCUGAAAUCAGGGCUCCACUCUGGAGAUUACCAACUUGCUGAAAUUGUCAGUCCUGGACUGUGGAAGGUGGUGGCGAAGUUUCACAGCAACCCACAGCAGAGCUAUACUGCAGAGUUCGAGGUCAAAGAAUAUGUGCUGCCAAGUUUUGAGGUUAAACUGACACCUGCGAGCGCCUUCUUCUACGUGGACGCUGAAGAGCUCACCGUCAACAUCAAAGCUACGUAUUUGUUUGGUGAAGAGGUGGAUGGGACAGCCUACGUGGUAUUUGGGGUUAUGCAAGAGGGUCAAAAGAAGAGCUUUCAAAGUUCUCUUCAGAGAGUGCCGAUCACGAGAGGUAACGGAGUGGCCUCACUGAAGAGAGAGCACAUCACACAGACCUUCUCAGACAUCACAAAGCUGGUGGGGAGCUCCAUAUUUGUAGCUGUCAGUGUGCUGACGGAGAGCGGUGGUGAAAUGGUGGAGGCCGAGUUGAGAAAUAUCCAGAUUGUCACAUCACCUUACACCAUCCACUUCAAGAGAACUCCCAAAUAUUUCAAACCAGGAAUGUCCUUUGAUGUUGCGGUUGAAGUUGUGAAUCCAGAUGAAUCUCCGGCACAAGGUGUUGAAGUGGUGGUCAAUCCAGGUCAAGUGCGGGGCUCCACCGCAGCCAAUGGCAUGGCAAGGCUUACCAUCAAUACAGAAGCAAGGAAUGACAGACUGAUAAUCACUGCAAAGACCAGUAAUCCUCGUAUUUUACCUGAAAGGCAAGCAACAGCCACCAUGACAGCUCUCCCAUAUACCACCAAAGGCAACAACUACAUCCACAUAGGUGUGGAUACAGCUGAGCUUAAAUUAGGAGAAAACCUGAAAAUCAACCUCAACCUCAACCGGCAGGCAAAUCAAGACCAUGACAUCACAUACCUGAUCCUGAGCAGAGGUCAGCUGGUAAAAAGUGGCCGCUACAGGACAAGAGGCCAAGUACUGAUUUCUCUGAUAGUUCCCAUUUCCAAAGAAAUGCUGCCAUCGUUCCGCAUCAUAGCCUACUACCAUACAAAUGAUAAUGAAGUGGUAUCAGACUCUGUUUGGGUGGAUGUCAAGGACUCCUGCAUGGGCUCGCUGAAGCUGGAAUCAUCGAGACCUGCUCCAUCCUAUGAGCCUCGUAGGAUGUUUGGUCUGAAGGUCACUGGAGAUCCAGGAGCCACAGUGGGACUGGUGGCAGUUGACAAAGGGGUCUACGUCCUAAACAACAAGCACCGACUCACCCAGAAAAAGGUGUGGGAUAUUGUAGAGAAGUAUGAUACAGGCUGCACACCAGGUGGAGGGAAGGACGGUAUGAGUGUGUUCUAUGAUGCUGGGCUGUUGUUUGAGUCCAACACGGCUUCUGGGACUCCUUACAGACAAGAAUUGAAAUGUCCGGCCCCCAGCAGGAGGAAAAGAUCCGCUACUAUAAUGGACGUCACCACCAGUUUAGUGAGUAAAUAUAACGACCAACUGCAACGUGACUGUUGUUUGGAUGCCAUGAGGGACACCCCAGUUUCAUACACUUGUGAGAGGCGCAGCGAGUACAUCGUGGACGGUGCCGCCUGUGUGGAGGCCUUCCUGCACUGCUGCAAGGAGAUUGAAAGCCAGCGAGCUGAGAAGAAGGAGGAUAGCCUCCUGCUGGCUCGCAGUGAGGAGGAGGACAACAGUUACAUGGACAGCAAUGAAAUUGUUUCUCGUACUAAGUUCCCUGAAAGUUGGCUGUGGACAGAUAUCAUACUGCCUCCUUGCACUCGACAAAACCCUAACUGUGACACCACAACAUUUUUGAAAAAUGUUCCUUUACAAGACUCGAUCACAACCUGGCAGUUCACUGGCAUCAGUCUGUCAAGAACUAAUGGAAUCUGUGUUGGCGAACCAUUAGAAGUAAUUGUCCGGAAGGAAUUCUUCAUUGAUCUCAGGCUGCCGUACUCUGCUGUCCGUGGAGAGCAGCUAGAAGUUAAGGCUAUCCUCCACAACUACAGCCCUGAUGCUGCCAAGGUGCGUGUGGAUCUGAUUGAAGAGGAAAACGUGUGCAGUGCAGCCUCUAAACAUGGAAGAUAUCGUCAGGAGGUUAAUAUCGGGCCCCAAACUACACGAUCUGUACCCUUUAUCAUUAUACCCAUGAAGGAAGGAGAAUCCCGCAUUGAGGUCAAAGCAGCUGUUAAAGACUCAUCGCUCAGUGAUGGAAUCAUGAAGAUGCUGCGGGUGGUGCCUGAAGGUGUACUGGUUAAAUCUCCUCACAUUGUAACUCUAGACCCCACUAAAAAUGGUGUAGAUGGUAAACAACAAGAAAUUAUCAACAGUGCAAUUCCGAAGACAAACUUGGUUCCAAACACGCCUACUAGCACACAGAUCUCUGUGACAGGGAGAGAACAUGUAUCUGCACUGGUGGAGAACGCCAUUAGUGGGAACUCUAUGGGUAGUCUGAUCUACCAGCCCUCAGGCUGUGGAGAGCAGAACAUGAUCCACAUGACCCUGCCUGUCAUUGCAACCACAUAUUUGGACAAAACCAACCAGUGGGAAACUGUGGGCUUUCAGAAACGUAACGAAGCCCUCCAACACAUUAAGACCGGUUACCAGAACCAGCUUGCCUACCGUAAAAAUGAUGGGUCUUUUGCUGUGUGGCCCAAACACCAAAGCAGCACCUGGCUGACAGCCUAUGUUAUCAAGGUGUUUUCCAUGGCCAACAAUCUGGUGGCAGUGCCAGACAACGUCAUCUGUGAUGCUGUCAAGUUUCUGAUUCUCAACACACAGCAACCUGACGGCAUAUUUAAAGAAGUUGGACAGAUGUACCAUGGAGAGAUGAUUGGUGAUGUGCGUGGCGCGGAUUCAGACGCCUCCAUGACGGCCUUCUGCCUCAUUGCCAUGCAGGAAGCACGCACACUGUGUGCUGCCACUGUUAAUAGUCUGCCAGGCAGUGUAGACAAAGCAGUGGCCUACCUGGAGAGGCGUCUGCCCAGCCUCACCAACCCAUAUGCUGUUGCCAUGACAUCUUAUGCCCUGGCCAAUGAAAACAAACUGAACCAGGAGGUCCUCUACAAGUUUGCUUCCUCAGAGCUGUCUCACUGGCCGGUACCUAAGGGACGUGUUUACACACUGGAGGCCACAGCUUAUGCUCUUUUAGCUCUGGUCAAGGCCAAGGCCUUUGAAGAAGCCAGGCCUGUUGUCAGAUGGUUCAGCAAACAGCAGAAGGUGGGCGGAGGCUAUGGAUCAACUCAGGCUACUAUAAUAGUGUACCAGGCUGUAGCCGAGUACUGGGCCAGUGCUAAAGAACCAGAGUAUGAUCUGAAUGUGGACAUCUUGUUGCCAGGCAGGUCAAAACCUGACAAGUACAACUUCAACAGGGACAACCACUAUGCCACGAGAACAUCUAAAAUCAAUGAUAUAAACCAGAAUGUAACAGUGACUGCCACAGGCACUGGAGAAGCAACACUGACCAUGGUGUCGCUGUAUUACGCUCUGCCUAAAGAAAAGGAGAGUGACUGUCAGAAGUUUAACAUGACAGUGCAGCUCCUGCCAGAGAAACUGGACGAGGAUGAGAAGAUAUACAAACUGAGAAUAGAGGUUUUGUAUAAGGACAAGGAGCGAGAUGCAACCAUGUCAAUCUUGGAUAUUGGCUUGCUAACUGGCUUUACUGCUAACACAAAUGACCUGGACUUACUGUCCAAAGGACGUGCCCGCACUAUUGCAAAAUAUGAGAUGAACACAGUCCUGUCAGAAAGAGGCUCACUCAUCAUCUACCUGGACAAGGUUUCUCACACACGACCAGAGGAGAUCAGUUUUAGGGUCCAUCAAAAGAUGAAAGUGGGCGUCUUACAGCCAGCAGCUGUCUCUGUCUAUGAAUACUAUGAACAAACACACUGUGUGAAAUUCUAUCAUCCAGAGAGGAGAGCUGGACAGCUGCUGCGGCUCUGUAGAGGCGCUGAAUGCACAUGUGCUGAAGAGAACUGCAGUAUGCAGAAGAAGGGCAAAAUCAGUAAUGAUGAGCGCACAACAAAGUCUUGUGAGAGCACACCAACCAGCAAAAUAGAUUUUGUGUACAAAGUGGGACUGGAAGAAUUUGUGGACGGUUUGGCCACUGACAUUUACACAAUGCGGGUACUGGAAGUCAUCAAAGAAGGAAGCAGCGAUGUGGGUCCUCAGGGUAAACUGCGCACUUUCCUCAGUUAUCCGCACUGCAGGGAGUCUUUAGAUCUGCGGACAGGCAAAACGUACCUUGUCAUGGGCACAUCCAAAGAUAUUCACAGAGACAACCAAAAUAAUUUGUAUCAGUAUGUACUCGGUGAGAGAACCUGGAUCGAGUACUGGCCCACAGAAGCAGAGUGUCAAAUUGAUGAAUACAGACCUACCUGUUUGGGCUUGGAGGAAAUGGUCCAGCAGUAUGAGGUCUUUGGAUGUCAACAGUAGUGAAACCAUAAUAUAACCCUCUUUUCAGAUUGUUGUUGUUUCGCAUUAUUCUUAUGUAAAACUUUCACCACUAUGAGAUAAAAGGGCUGCAAAAGUUACAGUGUUACUCUGCAUUAAUUAAAAGAUAAUGGUCUUAAUCUAA